AUUCAUGUAAACAAAGUUAUAAACAAACCAGGUCUCUAUUCUUAUCAUUUCAACUAAUAUCUGACUACUUUCUCCGAUACAAAAAUAAUGGCUCACUUGCGAUUCGGUUCCAUAAAAAAUCUAUCGACUAUUGCAUUGGAACUGGGAGAAGAAAGAGCCCGUACCGAGUUGAUUCCUCGUUUAACGAUAAUCACCUACGAUGAGGACGAAGAUUUACUGUCUUUGGCUGAACAAUUGGGAACAUUCACAGAUCUUAUUGGUGGACCUGAUUACGCUAUGUAUUUGAUUCCACCUUUGAUGAGUUUAGCCACUGUUGCAAAAUUUGUUGUACGGGACAAGGCCGUUGAAUCGCUUUGCAUUGUUGCCGCUCAACAUAGUGCGGCCGAUUUAGAGACCCAUUUGAUUCCAACUCUGCGGACCCUUGCCUCCGGAGACAGUUAUGCUUCACGAACCUCUGCGUGUGCUCUUUUUUCGGUUUGUUAUCCGCGCGUUUCGUUGGCAGUCAAAGCAGAACUACGAGAAAUUUUCCGGCAACUGUGCAAGGACGAUACGCUGAUGGUUCGUCAUGCCGCUUCGAAGAAACUUGGAGAAUUUUCUGAAGUCGUUGGGUUAGAAUUCCUAAAAUCGGAUAUCAUACCGUUGUUCGUUCAGAUAGCCCAAGACAAUCAGGACUCUGUUCGUUUGGUAGCUGUUGAAGCUUGCGUAAUCAUCGCCCAACUAUUGAGACAGGAAGAUGUCAAAUAUUUAGUUAUGCCCACAUUACGUAAUAGUCUGCAUGAUUCGUCGUGGCGUGUACGUUUCAUGUAUGCUGAUAAAUUGACGGAUCUACAGAAGGCCGUCGGACCGGAAAUAACAAACUCUGAUUUGGUACCAGCUCUUCAAUAUCUUCUCCGAGACGAAAAGGCUGAGGUACGUGCGUCAGCUGCGACAAAAAUAAAGGAGUUUUGUAAACAACUAUUCGUCGCCGGAGACACAGCCAAUCAGGUGUCCAUCACGUCAAUUUUGCCAUUUGUCAAGGAAUUGGUCUUUGAUAUCGAUCCGCAUGUCAAAUCGGCAUUGGCUUCUGUCAUUAUGGGUUUGAGUCCCAUUCUAGGACCACAUAAUACGAUCGUGCAUUUGUUGCCGUUGUUUUUGAUUCAGUUGAAAGAUGAGUGUCUUGAGGUUCGACUGAACAUCAUUUCGAAUUUGGUCUGUGUUAACGAAGUGAUUUUAAUCGAUCAGUUGUCACAGUCACUCCUUGAUUCAAUCGAGAAAUUAGCCAAAGCCACCGAAUGGCGAGUUCGUUUAGCAGUUAUUGAAUACAUCCCCGCUUUAGCUGAGAAAUUGGGACAAGACUUUUUCGAUCAAAAGCUACGUGGGCUAUGUUUUCAAUGGUUAAAAGAUGAUCUGCGGUCGAUAAGAGAGCGUGCUAUUUUGACGAUAACGAAAUUAGUUCAAAUGUUCGGCUUAGCCUGGGCCGAACAGGCGAUUAUUCCCCAAAUACUGUUGAUGUCAAGCAGCAAAAACUACAUGUACAGUAAGUCUUACAUCACAUAG